UUCUGUUACUAUCAUCUUUUUCUAAGAACAUUGAGACAUUGUUACCUGCAUGUAAAAGCUUUUACAUAUAUAUAUUUUUUAAAAAAGGAAGAAUACCAAGAGGAAGAAUAGCAUGUGGACCACCUAGCCAAGGCACCACUGAAGCAUCCCUUGCGGCAAGGGGGACGUAGACUCUGGAUGUGUAUAAUUCCGAGGGACUGCAUUUUUUUCCAGCCGGGCUUAUGAGAUAGCGCAGAGGCAGGCGAGUCACCGAGAAUUACUUCUGUCUCCCCUCACCACCACCACUACCACCACCUCCACGUCCUCUUCCAGAGGGCUCCUGCGAUUCUCCCACCGCAGCCCGGCUUGGAGGGACAUGGGAACUCGCGGCGCCUUCGAUGCCUGAGGCCGGGCGGCCGCGGGGCUGUCUGCGGGAAGCGCUUCCCUGCCGGGGCUCGCCGUCCAUGUGCCCGCAGCCGGCGGGGCCUGGAGUCGGGAUGAAUUUCGGCGUGGUCUUCGCGUUCAUUCUCUCCCUGCCCCUGGCCCGCAUGGAGGGGGACCCCAUACCUGAAGACAUUUACGAGAUUUUGGGUGGCAGAUCAGUGCGCUCCAUCAGUGACCUCCAGCGUGCCCUGCGGAUAGACUCCGUAGAGCAGGAUAGCUCGAGCCUGAGCCUGAAUGCAACUCAGCCUGGUCAAAACCCUGUGGCCCUGUCUCGAGAGCGACGAAGCCUAGAUGCCCUGGCAGCAGCAGAGACAGCUGUCCUUGCGGAGUGCAAGACGCGGGAGGUGGUCUUUGAAAUCUCCCGCAACAUGGUGGACAGCACCAAUGCCAACUUUGUGGUGUGGCCGCCCUGUGUGGAGGUGCAGCGCUGCUCCGGGUGCUGCAACAACCGCAACGUGCAGUGUCGCCCCACACAGAUCCGUGUCCGGCACGUCCAGGUGAACAAGAUCGAAUUUGUCCAGAGGAAGCCAAAAUUCAAAAAAGUUGUUGUGCCUUUGGAGGACCAUGUGCAGUGUCGGUGUGAAGCUGUGUUCCGACCGCCUCCCAGGAACAUCCGUCCAGGGCCACGUGAACAGAGACGCUUGUCACCAUCGUUCACCACAGCCGCUGUCUCUCAGAGGCAGCGAGUACGCCGGCCGCCGGCACAGAAGAGGAAACAUAAGAAGUACAAGCAUGUCAACGAUAAGAAAGUGCUGAAAGAAAUCCUCAUAGCAUAGAAGUGCUGGCAGGGGAGACAGAGCACAAGGUUUAUUUAAUAUAUUUGCUGUAUUGCCCCCAUGGGGUCGUUGGAGUGAUAACUUUUCCUCUUUGUCCAUCUGCCUCGACGUCUGAUUCAGACGGCAAUUGGUGCUUCCCUUUCCAUCAGUGGACCUUCUCCCCCCAAAGCCUCCCUUCUUUCAUUUAUUAGCAUAAUUUUAAAGUUUUACACACACACACACACA